CAGGACGGUGAAAACUGCUUUGUCUAUAUAGGCAAUAUUGACUACUACAACAAAGCUGAUGAGCUGAUCUUGAACAUGGAGCAACUAGAACAGCAAUUUGGAAUCGUCCGGGAUUCUGCUGAUUUUUGGCUGGAAUCAUACAAAAACUGGCUGAAUGAUUCUGGGACAAACCUUACAGCUAACGGUUGGCCCGAAACACAGUCAGAGUUCUUCUCACAGUUGGUGGAUUUCAUUAACACUGAGUAUGGCAAUGCGUACAUUUCAAAUGUGAAAUUUCAUGCAAAUAACAGUAUCAAGUAUUCACGGUACCGCUACUCGAUCCAACAUUAUGAGAAGUCUUCUGACAGAAUUCGUAUCAUGGACAUUGCCAGAGAGACUGUGGACAAGCUGAGUAAUAUAUCUCAAUCAGAGGCAUUCACUGUACAUGACAUUUUUUUCAUAUUCGGCGAAGGUGAAAAGGCGAGUGAUAAUUAGACUGCUAUAAUUUCCUCGAAUCCGACUUUUAUGCAAAGGGGUUUUUUUGCUGCAUGUGAAAAUUGCCUAUGCAUAGUCAUCAUGCUAAUAAUGUUAUAUAGAGGAUAGAAAUUUUCCACACGAAGCCAUUUAUAAGACAAUAUUUAACAACGACUCCUUUCUAGGAUUGGCUUGAAAAAAUUAUUGACUGCGAAUCAAGAGACAAGUCUUUAAACAACAAAAAAAAUUGU